GUUCGAUAAUGUCAUCCCUCGCCAUGGCAGGUUACAACGUGACAGCUCUCAGUGUAGACGUAGACGACCCACCUACACCUAACCUCAAUUACAUCCUUAUGGAAGGGGUCUACGAAGAGGUCGAAAAGGUGUUCCUCAGUGUAGACCCUGAGAAAUUCCAAGCAAAAACUGUCUUGGGAGGAAUGGAGAUGCUGACCAACUAUUUUGUGAUGUUAUUUAAAAUCGUUUCGAAAACAAAAGGUUUCCAACAGCUGAUGGAUUAUCCGAGUGACUUCAAAUUUGAUCUGAUUCUUUUUGAAUAUACUGGUUUGCCGGAUAUUUUGGGUUUUGCACAUAAAUUUAAUUACCCACCCAUUAUUGGUAUAAGCCCCUUCAUGACACCCCCAAACACCUACGACAUCCUCGGAAAUCCCCAAGUCCCAUCCCUAAUCCCCUACUACUCCACGGACUUCUCUGGAGACAUGUCCUUCUGGCAGAGGUCUCUGAAUCUUUUCUACUACUUCAUGGAUUAUAGGAACAGAAGGAGGACCAUGAACAUUUUGGAUCCAAUGGCCAGAGAGGUUUUUGGACAAGAUCUUCCCUUUAUUGGAGAUUUGGAGAGAGAGAUUGACCUGGUGCUGGUUAAUAGUCAUUCAGGAAUGGAUUUGCCGGAGUUGCUGUUGCCUAAUGUUAUCCAAGUUGGGGGGUUGCAGGUUAAGGAACCAAAGAAACUACCAGAGAACAUCAACAACUUUUUCAACGGCGCCAAAAAGGGAGUAGUCUACUUCAGUCUAGGAACCAACGUGAGGAGCAACAUGAUGGGUGAAGAAAAAGUCCAGAUGUUCGUGAGAGCUCUGGCCAAAUUCCCAGACUACCACUUUUUAUGGAAAAUCGAUAGAACUGAUUUGAAAGUCUCCAAAAACGUUAUGGUCACCAAAUGGGCAUCCCAGAACGACGUUUUGGGUCAUCCCAAAACGGUUCUGUUUAUGUCCCAUUGUGGUCUUUUGAGCACACAGGAGGCUACUUGGCACGGGGUGCCCUUGUUGGGGAUUCCUUUUUUCGCUGAUCAAUUUACGAAUGCUAAAAAAGCAGUAGACGCCGGCGUUGCUGAACAAAUACUCAUCAUAUCUGUCACCGAAGAAGAAAUUGUAGAUAAAUUGGGACGUAUGUUGAAUAACCAAAGUUACCAAGACAACAUGACCCUCCGCUCCAAAAGAUUCCGCGACCGCCCGAUGGCCCCCUUGGACGAAGCAGUAUGGUGGUGCGAGUACUCGAUGCGACAUAAAGGAACGCGCCAUCUAAGAUCCAAAGCCAGAGACAUGAGCCCCCUUGUGCUCUUCAUGUGGGACGUGCUUCUGGUGUGGCUCGGAGGACUUAUGGGGGCCGUUUUAGUUUUAGGUUAUGUAAUUAGAAGGAUUCUUGUGAAGAAGCCGGAGACUUUCGUUAGUUGUGCGAAGGAAUUGAGAGAGAUGAAGCUGAUGAAUGGGACCAAGGGGGCUUCCAAUGGGACUGCCAAGAGGGCUUAUGGAGUUGGUAAUGGAGUGAUGAAGAAGACGCAAUGAAAAAAUGAAUAAAUAUU